AGUGCUUAUCUUUCUCUUAUCUUCCUCUCCCGACCUUUAAAUCCGCAAACCUUGCAAAUAGCAUUUCACUUGGGGGUCUCCUGAAGCAAAGAAUUCUAGCCAUUUGAACUAUCAUGGCGUCUGCCUACAUACUGUUGCUUUCCGCUGUUUUAAUCGCCGUCAAUGGCGACUGUCCAGCCAGCACCCCGCAGGCGCCAGUCAGAACCUUCGGCAACAGCUGUUUCCAGUUCCACAUGCGGGAGUCACGUGAGUUCAGCGUGGCCGAGGCCGACUGCGUACGUGAGGGAGGAACCGAACUUAUCAUUAGGGACGAAGCCACCCAGACUUUCAUCUACAACACAAUAAGAACAGAACUCGGGUACCACGGCAUUGUCUGGAUCGGUCUCACUGACGCGGAGCGGGAGGGCGACUACCGAUGGGUUGAUGGAUCCAAGGCAGAAUACACAAACUGGGCCUCAGGCCAGCCAGGAAUUCUGGGAGGUCUUGAAGACUGCGUUGCCAUGGACAUGAGGGAGGGCGGCAAAUGGCAUGAUUACCGAUGUGAAACUUUGCUCUUUUUGAGCGGAAGUCAUCCGUAUAUCUGUGAAUUUGAUAAGACCCAGAACUUUCGGAAAGACCGACAGAAGACAAGCAACAUGGACGCUAUUCGUCUGGCCAUUUUCUGCUCAGUGGUUGUCUAUUCUUACGCCCAGAUUUACGAAUGUCCUGCGGGGAGUACGGAGCACCAACCAGUCCGUACACUCGGCUCCUUUUGUUAUCAGUUCCAUUUACUGGAGUCGAGAGAGUUUAGUGCUGCUGAGACAGCUUGUCGUGUAGAUGGCGGAAACAUCGUUAACAUUAAAACCCAGGAAAUCCAGGACUUUAUCUACAACGCCCUUCGACACGAGUUCAAUCUCCAUGGCGCCGUGUGGAUCGGGCUGAAUGACAUGAGUAAAGAGGGUCACUACGUCUGGGUAGAUGGAUCUGUAGCAUCGUACACCAACUGGGCCCCUGGGCACCCAUUGAUACUUAUCAGCAGCUUUGAGGACUGCGUUAUCAUGGAUAUGGACAGCGGGAAAUGGAAAAACAGCAACUGCGGAAAUUUUCUGUUCUUCUCGGGAUCGUAUCCGUUCGUCUGUGAAUACCACCUCGUUGCGAAAUAA